CCAUGUGUGUAAGCCAUUGUUUCGUAAUCAGCUAUGGCCAUAGAAACUACUCCACUACUCGAACACCAAACAGAUGGCGGUGAAGAGCAAAAACGUGAGAGCUUUGUUAAGGAGUUCAGAGAUGAGUCAAAGAAGCUAUGGAAGAUUGCAGGACCAACAAUAUUCUCGGCCAUAUGUCAGUACUCACUUGGUGCUGUCACCCUGGCCUUCAGCGGGUACGUGGGCGAGCUCGAGCUUGCUGCUUUCUCAGUUGAGAACUCUGUCAUUGCUGGGUUUUCUUAUGGUGUAAUGUUGGGAAUGGGGAGUGCACUGGAGACAUUAUGUGGGCAAGCAUUUGGUGCUGGACAGAUAAGAAUGUUGGGAGUGUACAUGCAGAGAUCAUGGGUGAUUCUGCUUACGACUGCAUGUUUAUUGGUUCCAAUCUACGUUUGGGCAGCUCCCAUUCUUGAGUUCCUUGGAGAGACUACAGAGAUCUCUAAUGCAGCUGGAAAAUUUGCUCUGUGGAUGCUGCCACAACCUUUCGCCCUUGCAAUGAUUUUCCCGGUGCGAAAGUUCUUGCAAGCACAGAGGAAAGUAAUGGUAAUAGCCUUGGUGGCAGCCGUGGUGCUGGUGUUGCACGUCAUUUUUAGCUGGCUGCUUAUUUUGAAGCUCCAGUGGGGCUUAGUCGGAGCGGCAAUUACAUUAAAUACAUCAUUUUGGCUUUUAGUAAUAGGGCAGUUGUUGUACAUUUUCAUGACCAAAUCAGAUGGUGCUUGGAGUGGAUUCUCAUGGCUGGCAUUUGCAGACUUGUUUGGCUUUGUCAAGCUUUCAAUAGCUUCUGCUGUAAUGUUAUGCUUGGAAUUUUGGUACUUGAUGUUGCUGGUGGUUAUAACGGGUCGCUUAAGCAAUCCUCUGAUAGCAGUUGAUGCCAUCUCCAUCUGCAUGGCCAUACAAGGUUGGGAUGCAAUGAUUGCACUUGGAUUCAAUGCUGCAAUAAGUGUGAGAGUAUCAAAUGAACUUGGAGCUGGUAAUGCUAAGGCUGCAAGAUUUGCAGUGCUCGUGGUUUCUAUCACAUCUAUAGUGAUAGGUGUAAUUUGCUUUGCUGUGGUGCUUGUCACAAGAGAAUAUUUCCCUCACAUCUUCACAAGUAGCGAAGCUGUUGCUGAGGAAACUACAAAAUUGGCUCUCUUGCUGGCAGUCUCAGUUCUCCUCAACAGCCUUCAACCAGUCUUAUCUGGUGUUGCCAUUGGAGCUGGAUGGCAAUCUAUUGUUGCAUACAUCAACGUCGCAUGUUACUAUAUUGUCGGAUUGCCAGCCGGCAUACUCCUGGGAUUCACUUUCAAAUUUGGGGUUCAGGGUAUAUGGUCAGGGAUGAUUGGAGGCAUUUGCUUGCAGACGAUAAUUUUGAUAUCGAUCACUUCAAUUACCAACUGGAAGAGAGAAGUUGAUCAAGCAGAAAGCCGUGUUAAGAGAUGGGGAGGGUCGGCCGGAGAGGAUUGAUCUUCACGACAGACACCAGCAAGCAAAUGUUAUAUAUUGCUUUGGCAUGUCCUAUAAUUUCAGAUACAAAUCCUUUCACUUGAAAGAGUUAGGCAGAAGGUGUUAUAUCCAAGUAUGAACUAUUAGUUUUUGAAGCAAUUUA